AUGGCCUCGGCGGACAACUUCAUCUCCGCAACCGAGACCCGCCUUUCUUGCUACACGCUGACCAACAAGUCACCCAUCUCAGACUCGCGUAUCCAUGAAAUCGUGAACGCGACGAUCAAGAGCGCCCCAUCUGCAUUUAACGUCCAGUCCGCACGGGCCGUCAUAUUGUUGAAACAAGACCACGAAAAGAUCUGGGACAUCGGAGACGCGUGUCUGAAAAAGGCCAUGCCGGAAGCGGCGUAUCAGAGUCUGGCGCCAAAGAUCCAGGGCUUCAAGAACGCCUACGGGACGAUUUUGUUCUUCGAAGACCAGGCUGCUCUGGAUACGUUGAAGAGCAAGAACCCCGGCAUUCAGCAUGUCAUUCCAGAAUGGGCACAGCAUUCCAGCGGUAUGCACCAGUUCAUUGUCUGGACGGCACUUGAGCUUGAAGGACUCGGCUGCAACCUGCAGCAUUACAACUUUAUGCCGGCGUUCAGUGAACAGGUCAGAGAGACAUGGAAGUUGCCCGAGACUUGGGAGCUUCACUGUCAGCUCGUCUUUGGUCAGCCGAAGGAUGGAUUGACGAGGAGUCGUGAGCGGACGUAUUUGCCCUUGGAAGACCGGGUGAAGGUUUUCGGCUCGUGA